GUGCUUAUAUAUAGACCCAAGUCUCACUCUUCCUUCAGAUUCUUGUCAACUUUCAACGCUCAAUAAGAAAAGAGAAAAAGUAAGGGAAACUUUGUUCUUCUUCUCACCUCAUAAAAAUGGCGAUGGCGUUCAAAAUGGCGACUACUGGGAUGUGGGUGACGGAUGAGUGCAAGAACUCAUUCAUGGAAAUGAAGUGGAAGAAGGUGCAUAGAUACAUAGUGUUUAAGAUCGAUGAAAAGUCAAGGCUUGUGACCGUUGAUAAGGUUGGUGGUCCCGGCGAAAGCUACGGUGAUCUUGCAGCAUCUUUGCCCGACGACGAUUGUAGAUAUGCCGUGUUCGAUUUUGAUUUUGUCACCGUCGAUAACUGCCGGAAGAGCAAGAUCUUCUUCAUUGCAUGGUCUCCAACAGCAUCAAGGAUAAGAGCAAAGAUGCUGUACGCAACAUCAAAGGAUGGGCUGAGAAGAGCUCUGGAUGGAAUAAGCUAUGAAGUUCAGGCCACUGACCCAACUGAGAUGGGAUUCGAUGUAAUUCAAGACAGAGCGAAAUAGAUGCCCUUUUUUAAGUGGGAAUCUUACUCCUAAAUUAUGUGCUCAUCCACCUAGCUAAUCAAUCAAUUAAUCCCUCAAUCUUACUCUCUUGUUUCCGAUAAUAAUACUUAAAUAACUAUAUCUAUAUA